ACUUACCUAAGAUCUCUUAAACGAAAAACCACAGAAGCUGCUGUUGGGUUCACAUUUACUUACCUCAACAGCUUCUUUUUCAAUUGACUUUCUCCCUAGUUUCAUCUUUAUAACAUUUUCUGCAAUUUCUUCCAGAACAGAAUCCAUUCAGGUCUUAUCAAAUCUUCAACUCUUUCAUCAAUUCCAUCAUUAAAAGAAAGAAAACCACCUCACUCAACAUUUCCAUAAUCACUUUUCCAUCUCUUCCCCUCACCCAUUUUGCUCCCUCAAAAUUGUGCCAUAAUUAACACCACAACCACAAAGUACAAAGGACCACUUGGUUAAUUUUCUCACAUACACUACACAUGACACUGUCAGUGUAACAUUAACUCGUUACUCACCCUUCACUCUUCAGGGACCAAAACCGAAAACAGUGAAAAUUCAGAACCAACGAUGAGAUUAAUACAACCGUGAUCAGAUUCAUCACCAAGAACAUGACCAUGGACAGAGCCUCACAAAGCAGUUCAGACUCACCGACACGAGACACCAAAGUCCUAUCCAUCGAGUGUCUUCGAGGAAGCUCCAAAGCCGACGAAUGGACCGGCGACAUGCUCCAAACCGGCGACAUAGUCGAAGAGCUUCGAAUCGGCGGUUCGGUUAACUCGCUCAUCCGGUUCAAGUCGCCGUUCAAGAGCGGCAAGAGCGGCGUCAACAAGAUCCUUCAGGAUGCGUAUAAGAAGAAGGAAACCUCCAUCUGUGUCCGUGUCCGCCGUGGACCUGACCUGUUCGCCGAAUUGCAGGCUUGUAUCGUUCCUAAUGAAUCCUCCGGGAAGAAGAAUUACGUUCUCCGGUCAAUCUCAGAUCCUAAUUACGUUGUUGGGUUCUUGGAUCGAACUGAAGCUGAGUGCUUCCAACUCCAAGCUUCAAGGUCCUCUAGGAUGGUAAAUGCGCUAACCAAGACCCGGCUACAGGAUGGAUUUGUCUCGUAUCCGUGGGAGAGGAGAAUGCAUGAGUUGCUAUCAGUUCCCAAUUCUAGCAACUUCCUUUCCAUAUUACUUCUUCCCAGAGCUUCAGAUAUGAAUGCUUCUCACUAUAAUGAUCUGGAGGACACCCUAGCCAGGGCAAAUGCCUGGCUUAAUGCAGCUCAAGCUUCAGGGGUCCCCAUUGUCUUCAUGAACAUUCAAACUGAGUCCUUACUUACUAAGAUCUCUGGAGAUACAGCUUCUUCUACUGUAAAUGCAGGGUCAUUAUCUGACUUAGCUAACCUGGCAAACGUAAGCCUUUAUGGCUUUGAGGAUUAUCAUGGAGUAGACAUUGGUGUUGUCAGAGCAGUUCGGCUAUGGUAUGCUCCAAUAGGCGGAGAGUUCUCAGUCGAAAUAAAACUAAAAGAGGGUGAUGCUAAGCUUGGCUUUGCCAUUAGUCGUACAGAAGAGGGUUUUAUUUUCAUCUCAUCAGUUACUGAUGAUGGCCAAGAAAAUGCACCCGCCACACGUUCAGGGCUGAGCAAUCUGUACAGGAAAGCAAGAAACACUUCAAAGUUGCUGGUAGUUUCAAGACUUUCAAAUCAAAGAGUCCUUCCAUGGAUGGUGUCUUCGACUGGCGCCAUUCGGUGUUACGACACUGUUUCGUUGAGCCAGAAACUGUCCUUGCAUCGGCACACCAAUGUUCCUAUUCUCCUACACGUCUUCCUUUGGGACCGAGCAUCAUUGACUUCUUCAAAUGCAGAAAGUACAAAGUUGAGGGCCUUGUCUCCCUCAGUGUUGCCAUUACCACCUGAAGUUCAGUUAGCAAGCCAUCCAAACGAGAAUCAAAUACAGCCAUUUCCACAGGAAGGUUCUGAUCCAAGUGAUAUUGACAGUGAUGGUUCGCAGCUUGAGAGAGGCACAGCUGGGGAUCUUUCAUUCAGAUUCCAUGACUUAUCCUUGUCCAGCAGCUGGGUAUGAAUAUGAUGAUAUACAUGAUAAGAUUCAUAACACAUUCACAUACCAUGUUUUCUUUAAUCCACCUUAUUUUACUCUUGUACAUACAGAAUAUGUAUAUCGCUUCUUAGAGCUAGAGUAUUGAUUUGCUUCAUUAUUAGGCUAUUAGCUUAUGCACAGAAAAGCAGAACAAAGCUUCUAGAAUUGCUUACUUGAACUUAUGGCCUUUGUGAGUUUUUCUUAUUAUUUUGAGUCGGGAUAAUGAAAAUUAUUUUAUGAAUAUGA